UCUCAAUCUCUUUCUUUUUCUCUACUGCAAUCUCUCGAUCUCGAUCUCUGUGUUAAUUAAGCAAUCAUGGCCAAGAUUUCAGUGUUAACCAUGAUGGUGGUGGUGAUGGGAUUAGUGCUUGCUACUGGAGUUACUUGUCAACAGCUCUCUCCUUCCUUCUACUUUAGAAGUUGCCCUCAGGCACUUCCCGCCAUAAGGAGUGCAGUCUUCUCCGCUGUCGCCAGGGAGCCACGAAUGGGAGCCUCGCUGUUGCGUCUUCACUUCCACGACUGCUUCGUCAAUGGUUGUGAUGGUUCCGUCCUUUUGGACGACACGGCAACCAUGACAGGGGAAAAGGGCUCCUUGGCCAACGCCAAUUCGGCCAGGGGGUUUGAGGUCAUCGACAGCAUCAAGUCGGCCGUCGACCGUUCUUGUGGUGGCAGCGUCGUCUCCUGUGCCGACAUACUUGCCGUCGCGGCCCGUGAUUCCGUCGUCGCCCUAGGAGGACCAUCAUGGCCGGUGCAACUGGGAAGGAGGGACUCCACCACAGCCAGUAAAGAUGCUGCAGACACCAACCUGCCGUCUCCCUUCUCUAGCCUCGCCACCCUCAUCUCCAGCUUCCAGAGCAAAGGCCUGAAUGCCAGAGACCUGGUUGCACUCUCUGGAGCUCACACCAUUGGCCAAGCACAGUGCAGGUUCUUCAGAACCCGCAUCUACAACGACACCAACAUCGAUCCUCAGUUCGCAAGCUCGCUGCAGGGGUCAUGCCCUGCCUCUGGUGGAGACAACAACCUCUCUCCCUUGGAUCGCUUCACGCCCACGAGAUUUGACGGAUCAUACUUUGGCAACUUGCUGUCAAGGAGAGGGUUGCUGCAUUCAGAUCAGGAGCUCUUCAACAAUGGAACGACGGAUCAGAUAGUGAGAGCCUACAGCUUCAACCCUCGCCUUUUCUCUGCAGACUUUGCUACUGCGAUGGUUAAGAUGGGAAACCUAAGCCCCCUCACUGGGACCAAUGGCCAGAUUCGCCAAAACUGCAGGAGGGUGAACUAAUUGGAGAGAGAGAGGGAGUUUCUGAGUUCGAUAAAAUACAACUCUUAGCUUUCCCCACAAAAGGUUUUACGUACAUUUUCUUCAAUGAAAGGAAAAGUUAGACAUAUGCUCUUUGAGUGAGUGUAGACACUGUGUUAAUUAAGUUUAUUGAGCGUUGUUUGUUAUUGUGAAAACAAGUGCGAUGCAUGUUCAGAUGAACAUUUUGUUCUGUUGCAGUUCUAAUUAAUGGGAAA